AGCGUCAACUACCACUUCACCCGGAAAUGCAACGCGGAAUGUCGUUUCUGCUUCCACACCGAGACCACGUCGCACGUCGAGCCUCUCGAAAACGCAAAGAAGGGGCUACGGCUGCUUCACGAUGACGGCAUGGAGAAGCUGAACUUCGCAGGCGGCGAGCCGUUCCUGUACCACAAGUAUCUCGGCCAGCUGUGCCGGUUCGCAAAGCAAGAGCUGGGACUGCAGAGCGUGAGCAUCGUCAGCAACGGCACCAGAGUGACGGAGAAGUGGCUGCGCGAAUACGGCCAGUACGUUGACAUCCUCGCUAUAUCGUGCGACUCGUUCAUCGCGUCUACCAACGCUGCGAUAGGCCGCGCGGAUCGCAAGAGCGGCAGGCCGUUCGACAACGUGGCGCAGCUGUUCCAGAUCCGCGACUGGUGCAGGGAGCUCGGUAUCAAGUUCAAGCUCAACACGGUUGUGUGCUCGUUGAACUGGCAGGAGGAUAUGGUGGAUGUGGUGAGGGAGCUGGAUCCGUUUCGGUGGAAGGUGUUCCAGGUGUUGGUUGUGGAGGGGGAGAACGAGAGCGAGCAGCGGAUGAGGGAUGCGCGGAAGAUGCUGGUUACGGACGAGCAGUUUGGCUCGUUCUGCAAGCGGCAUGAAGGCGUCAGGGGGUUUACUCCGGAGAGCAACGAUGUGAUGCAGUCGAGUUACCUGAUCUUGGACGAGUAUUUGCAGUUUCUGGAUGGUGGGAAUAAGGCGCGCCAUUCGGGAAAGAUUUUGGAUGUUGGUGUUCAGAAGGCGUUGAGCCAGGUGGAGUGGGAUCAAGAAGCUUUCGUGGCUAGGGGAGCGAUCUAUGAUUGGGGUAAGGAG